AAUCAUCAAUUUAGUUUUGGAGAAGGAAUGAUUUGUCAGCGUUGUCAGCAUUCACUGCGUAACUGCGAGGGAAUCAAAUGCAGCAAUUGCGAUGCGAAGUUCCAUCCCCGCUGCAGCGGCGCCAGCGAGCAGCCGCUGCAGCUGGAGGGGGCCGCGGGGGGCGACCGGCGGCGCGCCUGGCGCUGCGCCGCGUGCAAGCAGCCCUCCGCUCACGCAAACCUCUCCUUUCCCAACUUGAACGCGCUUCUGACCGCGCUCGACAAUAUUGCCGAUAAAUUUGAGUUGGUGAAUAAGAUACAACUGCCUAAAAUAAACAACGACCUAUCUCAGAUGAAACUCGUGACAGAACGUAUCGCAAAGCAAAACGAGCAGAUAAUUCAAAAGUUUGAGGAAUUGCACAAGCGGCAGACUGAGAUCCCGAGUUCGCAUCGCGGGCACCGGCCGCGGCGGCUGGACAUGACGUUGUCCCCCCCACGGGCGACACGGGCGGAGGGCGCGAGCGCGGGGUGCGCGGGCGGCGCGGAGGGCGCGGGGUGCGCGGGGGGGCCGGGCGAGCUGCGAGCGCGCUACCGGACGCGCCGGCGCGCUUACCCGCUGCGCAACAUGUUCCUCAUGCUCAACCGCUCGCUCUACAGCACCAGACCCAAAGCGAAGAGGUGA